UUGGGAAGCUGUAAUCUGAAGCCUGUGGGCUGGCAGGCGGGGGCAGCAGCACAGACAGAUGUGGCCCCAGAACAGCAGCAUUGCACUCUUCCCCUGCCGUUCUCUCCUCUCGCGCAGGCUGGGCAAGAAGAACUACGGAGGCAGCACACAGGCACCAUGCAGGGGUUGAUGGUUCUUCUGUGUCUGGGACUCCUCACUGCCUCCUGCAGAAGCCAGGACUUGGGGACUGAGCAGGAACCUGCCAAUCCAGAUGCUGAUAAUGCUGGGGGAGCCGAGGAAGAGGACGACCCCUUUUACAAGGUGCCCGUGAACAAGCUGGCAGCCUCCAUCUCCAACUUCGGCUACAACCUUUACCGUCAGAGAUCCAGCCAGAUGCCCACCGCCAAUGUCCUCCUGUCGCCCUUCAGCAUUGCUACAGCCCUCUCAGGCCUGUCGCUGGGUGCGGGAGAACAAACGGAAACCCUCAUUGCUCGUGCUCUCUUCUACGACCUGCUCGACAAGGCGGAGGUCCACAGCACCUAUCGGAGUCUCCUGGCCAGCCUUGCCGUCCCCGCCAAAGGCCUGAAGAGUGCCUCUCGCCUCAUCAUGGAGAGAAGACUGAGAAUGAAAAUUGGAUUUGUCAAUGAGCUAGAGAAAUCUUACGGAUUCCGGCCUAGAGUACUGACAGGAAACAGUCGCGUGGACCUGCAAGAGGCUAACAACUGGGUGCAGCGGCAGACCAAUGGGAAAGUUACUAGGUUCUUGCAGGAGAUCCCCACUGGACUCAAGAUCCUUCUCCUUGGAGCAGCAUACUUCAAAGGGAAAUGGGAGACCAGAUUUGACUCCAGAUUGACUAGGCCGCAGGACUUCCAUUUGGAUGAGGACAGGACCGUGAGCAUCCCCAUGAUGGCUUGCUCAAACGCCCUCGUGAAAUAUGGCUUUGACUCUGAGCUCAACUGCAAGAUUGCCCAGUUGCCCCUGGAGGGGAGUGUCAGUGCCGUGUUCUUUCUGCCCCAAAGCGUGACCCAGAAUAUGACGCUGAUUGAAGAGAGCCUCACCUCGGAGUUUGUCCAUGACAUCAACAAGCAGCUGAAGUCCAUCUGCGUGGAUCUGCGCAUGCCGCGGCUCAAGCUGGCUUCGGAGGUGACCCUGGCCGACACUUUCCAGGAAAUGCGGCUCGAGGCGCUCUUUGAGACCCCCGACUUCAGCAAGAUCGCUGCUAAGCCCCUCAAGCUCUCCCACGUGCAGCACAAAGCCAGCCUGGAAGUGAAUGAAGAAGGGGUUGGAUCAGCAACCCCGCCACAGGCGGAGACUCCCUGCCCAAGCUUCCACAUAGACUACCACUUGGACAGACCGUUCUUGGUGGUGGUCCAGGACAAUGAGACAGGAGCUCUUCUCUUCAUUGGGAAAAUCCUUGACCCCAGAGGCACUUAGGGCCCCCCACCCUCCACCACAGCGGCCCACCUGGGAAGCGGGCAGAUAGUUCUCCGUAUGCAUUCCGUGCCCCAGAGGCACCAUGCCUGACGUGCUGCAAUAAAAUGGCUUUUUGCUUUAGACGCGCCCCAAGAUCAAUUCGCUUCUUGGGCCAGAACCAUCUUUUACUUUGCCUUGGUACCUUGUAGCUGAUAGGAUAGCUGUCCAAAAAGUAGACAAUAGGGUGUACAUGAGUGUGGGUAUGGGCAACAAUUCUCUUUAUUUUGUUGUGUCUUUUGCAUCACCUGUAGCAUCCAGAGUGACCUUAAGGGCAAUAAAUGCAACAUUCUCUACCAAA